ACCGGCGAGAUUUUCUGUGACACUUGUACCACGAAAGGGCACGUAGAGGAGGCUGGAAGGAGUGUGCAGGAAGUCGGCGUUGGGUCGAAUUGGAUUUUGGCUAAUCCGAAAAAAAAUUAAAGACUAGACAUGCUGUCUAGAUUGGUAUUAGUCUCAGCCUCUACCCUUAAAAACAGUGGGGCCCUCGGAGCUGGCUUGGUGCAGGCGAGCCGCUCUUUCAACACAUCGCCCCAGAGCCUGGCACCCGUGCCCCCGCUGCCCGAGACGGGGGGCAAGGUUCGCCAUGGCAUCAUCCCGGAGGAGUUAUUCCAGUUCCUGUACCCCAAGACUGGAGUCACAGGCCCAUACGUGCUGGGCACAGGGCUCCUGCUCUACCUGCUGUCCAAGGAGGUGUACGUCAUCAACCACGAGACCUUCGCCGCCGCCUGCAUCGCCGUGGUCUUCAUCUACGGCGUUAAGAAGUUUGGACCCAACGUGGCCGCCUUCGCCGACAAGCUGAACGAGGAGAAAGUGGCCAAGGCGCAGGAGGUGAAGGACCUGGCCAUGAGCAGUCUGGCCCAGGCCAUCGAGGACGAGAAGAAGGAGCAGUGGAGGGUGGAGGGGCGUGGCAUGCUCUUUGAUGCCAAGAGGAACAACGUGAACAUGCUGCUGGAGAUCAACAGCCGGGAGCGGCAGCACUUGGUGACCAGCGAGGUGAAGAAGCGCCUGGACUACCAGAUCGCCAUGCAGAGCCUGCACCGGCGCCUGGAGCAGGAGCACCUGGUCAACUGGGUGGAGAAGAGCGUCAUCGGCAGCAUCACGCCCCAGCAGGAGAAGGAGAGCAUUGCCAAGUGUAUCACCGACCUAAAAAAGCUGGCCCAGGCCAAGGCUGCUGUCUGAGGCACUUAAAUCUUCUGUAACAAUGCCCUGUCCUUGCUCCUAGUUAUAUUUCAUUAAGGAUAUUUUCCCUUAAAUAAGGAAUAUUUUGUCUGGUAAUUUAAUUGUAUAUACAUCUACCAUUGAAAUAAAAAUGGAAAAGUUAUCCAAAGUGGUA